AUGGGGUGCUGCUUCCAUGGCUCCACAGCUAUGCCACCAACGGAAACUUCUCUACCAAGCAGUACUGUUGAAGACUAUGCUGGACCCAAGAACCUCAAACAAGAAGUCCUGAUACAAAUACCAGGAUGUAAAGUUCAUCUGAUGGAUGAAGGAGAGGCUUUUGCACUUGCUCAAGGCCAUUUCAUGGUCAUCAAAACAUUGGAGGAGACUGUGUCUCUUGCAACAAUUAUUAAAGUUGGAAACGAACUUCAGUGGCCUUUGACUAAAGAUGAGCCUGUAGUGAAGCUAGACGCUCUCCAUUACCUGUUUUCGUUGCCUGUGAAAGACGGCGAGCCUCUUAGCUAUGGCGUAACCUUUUCGGAAGAUAGUUAUGGAAGUUUGAGUUUUCUAGACUCGUUUUUGAAUGAACACUCCUGCUUUUCUGGCUUAAAGUUGAAUAACAAGAAUGAUCUUGAUUGGAAGGAGUUUGCUCCGAGGGUCGAAGAUUACAAUCAUUUUCUGUCCAAGCUUAUUGCAGGAGGAACUGGGCAGAUUGUGAAGGGUAUCUUCAUCUGCAGCAAUGCUUACACAAACAAGGUUCAAAAAGGAGGAGAAAAGAUCCUAAAUAAUCAUGCAGAUGAGAAAAACAGUAUUGUGGCCAACGAAAGCAUGAGCAACAAGAGCGCGAUGGCCUCGAAGAAGAACAAGAUCAAUAAAAACCUCAAACGUGUGAGGAAGCUGUCUAAGAUGACAGAAAAGCUGAGCAAAUCUUUGCUUAAUGGUGUUGGCAUAGUUAGUGGAACAGUGAUGGCUCCUUUGGUUAAAUCCCAACCAGGAAAGGCAUUUUUAAGGAUGUUACCUGGUGAGGUGCUGUUGGCUUCAUUUGAUGCUGUCAACAAAGUUCUAGAUGCAGCUGAAGCUGCUGAAAAACAAACUCUUUCUGCUACCUCAAAAGCUGCUUCCAGAAUGGUCUCUAACAGAUAUGGGGAAAAUGCUGGGGAAGCUACUGAGCAUGUGUUUGCAACUGCUGGACAUGCUGCUAACACUGCUUGGAAUGUCUUUAAAAUUCGAAAAGCCAUCAAUCCAGCUUCAUCAGCAACCAAGGGUGCACUGAAAAAUGCUGUCAAAAAUACAAGUUUUAAGCAUUAA